AUGUCGUACACACCGAAGCAUCUGGGGCACCUGGUAAUGCGGGUGCGAGACAUGGAUCGCUCGCUGGACUUCUACACCCGCGUGAUGGGACUGACCAUCAUGGAGCGGUCGCCCAGCGGGACCGUGUUCAUGUCGGCGAACACCGAGAAGUCCCACGAGCUGGCGAUACGCGCCAUCGGAAUGGACGCCGCCGGCCCCGACCACAGCAUCGUCGGGCAGGCCCACAUGGCCUGGCAGAUGGAGACCUUCGACGACCUCCAGGAACUCUAUGACCGGCUCCUCGAGAACAGCGUCCGCAUCCAGCGCGUCAGCGAUCACGGCGUCUCUUUGGGCGUCUACCUGCUGGACCCCGACGACAACGAGAUCGAGGUCUACUACGAGAUGCCCGCCGCGCAGUGGGAGCGGCAUCCGGAGAAAGGCCUCUUCGGCGGGACCUUCCCGUUGAAGCUGCGUGAACCGGCCGUGGCCGCCGACGACUGA